GCAUGAUUGUAUACAGUUUGUCGGUUACCGGUGAUGAUGUCAUAGGUCACGUGUCUGCCUCCUCAGGAGCUUCAGUUACAGCUACAGACUUACCGGAGUUGCUCGGUAACCUGAGGGCCAACGUGAUGAGGAACACCAGGGGCCGCUGCAGGUACACACCCCAAGUGGAAGAGCUGACCUGGAGCUACGACCUGGAGUAUUCCCACCCCACCUCCACUCAUCAUUACGACUAUGUGCUGGCCACGGAUGUGGUCUACCACCACAACUAUCUGGAUGAGCUUCUGGCCACAAUGAAACAUUUCUGCCAACCAGGAACCACCGUGAUCUGGGCCAAUAAGUACAGACUCGAUGAUGACCUGACUUUCAUGGAAAACUUUAAAAAGGCUUUUCACGCCAUCCUGGUUGCCGAAGAUGGAGACAUUAAGAUUUUCAUGGGAAGUCACAGAGAGACCGAUGUGUGACUUAGAGCCAGUACUGCAGGGUGUUCACACAUCUGGAGGGACAAAACACCAUCAUCUUCACCUCCAAAUUCCUUUAAUCCCAUGUGAUUUAGAUGU